AUGGCAGACGGAUUAAAUGAUGCGCGGGCGACUCGAGUCGCUGACCUCCUCUCCGACUUCCGCGCCCUCCAGCACAGCAUCGCCUCAGUAUCCAGCGACCCUCCCCACCCGGAUGACUUCUACACCGAAGGCUACGCGGCGCUACGCCAGUGCGCCGUGGACGGGCAGCAUGUCCUGAACGUGGCGGCCGACACGCGCGUGCCGACCGGCAGAGGCGGCCAGGCGGAGCAGGAGAAGGCCGAGUUGACGCAGGUGCUGCUGGAUAGUUUUUCGCGGCGGCACGAGGCGCAGAAGAUAUGUAUGAGGCAAAGCGCAGCCAUGCGCUGGGUCGCAUGGCGCGACGGCGUGUUACUGGGGAUGAGGCCUGAUCCAUCACAUGUGCCUGCAUUGGUGUCUUGCGACCAAGCUCUGCGAGCUGAACUCGCGACAGUCACCGAUGAGAACAUAUACAAUUUAAUGCGCAACUCGGACUACACCAUGGGCCGCUGGACGGACGAGGACCCAUCCUUGCGAAACGUGCAGCGCUGGCUCCGGAGUCGGCGUUGA